AUGCCGCCUUCAGAAGACAGUCAAUCGAAGGCGAAGAUGCAACGUCCACUCUCCACCGAUCGUGAAGUAAGCAGCAUCCCACGCGCCAUUGAACCCCAAUCCCAGCCGUCAUCUCCCGCAUCACCCAACGCUCCGCCAUCACCAUACUCUUCCCCGAGCGCAUCGCACGGCGCGCCAUCGAACGACGAGGCUGAGACAGGCCACGACCCCAACACUGGAAAUUGGAUCUAUCCGUCCGAGCGACAGUUCUUCGAGGCGCUGAUGCGCAAGGGCAACACACCUUCUUCCACAGAAUCGGCUUCUGAACUGGCCACCACUGUCGCGUCCAUUAUCCCCAUUCAUAACGCCGUCAACGAGCGCGCAUGGCAGCAGAUUCUGGAAUGGGAGAGUCGAGCUCCCAGCAGUGACCCCGGCAGCAAGAAAUGUGGAGGCCCCAAGCUCUACUCAUUCCGCGGUCUAGGCGUCGACCCUCAAUUCCUGAGCCCUCGGGCGCGAAUCAACAACCUCAUGGGCUACCAGCUACCAUUUGAUCGACACGAUUGGGUUGUGGAAAGGUGUGGUGGAGAAAGAGUUGAGUACGUUAUCGACUUCUACCAAGGCAAGACAUCGGGAGGGGCCACCGGCGCUGGUUUGGCCGCCAAUGCUGGUCCGGGUAAAUUGAGCUUCUACUUGGACGUCCGGCCUAAGAUGAACACCUGGGAGGGCUGCCGUAUGCGGUUCAGCAAGUUCGCGGGACUGUAG